CUCGAUUAGCUAUGGCAUCGUUAGCAUUGCUUUUGCUGCUCGCAGUGGGUCUGAGCCGAAGCUGGGCCAACAGUGGCUUAAACGUGCAGAACAACUACAGAAACAUGAUGGUUCGACUGGCCACCAGUAAGACCACCCUAUCUGGGAUUCAAGUCCUUCGCGAGGGUCGCGUGGAGGUGAGCUUCGACUUUGGCGCCACUUGGGGAACCAUUUGCAGCACUUCCUGGAGCAUGCGGGAGGCGAAUGUGGUGUGCCGGCAGCUCGGCUUGGGAUAUGCUUCAAAGGCAGGCCAGGGUACGGAACACGGAGACAGUCGGAAGCACCCGUGGGGUAUGGUGGGUACUCUGUGCCGCGGAACAGAGCGCCGACUGUCCGAAUGCAUCCGGGAGUCCCACUAUCCCAACCUCUGCAAUGCCAGGAACCACAAUGUCAGCACGGUGGCCUGUGUCAGUCAUUCUGCUGACCUGGAGAUCGGACUGGCGGAAAUCGAGAAGACCGCUCGACUGGAAGCAGUGCCCAUGUCGAGGCUCACCUGCGCCAUGGAGGAACACUGUGUGUCCGCCGACGCCUAUGAGAUACGAAGAACAAACCCACACGCGGCGAGGAUUCUGCUACGGUUCUCCGUGAAGGCCUCCAAUGUGGGCACGGCGGACGUAAGUCCUUAUGCCAACUACAAGGACUGGGUGUGGCACCAAUGUCACAGGCACUACCACAGCAUGAAUGUCUUUGCCACCUUUGAUGUUUACGACUUAAAAUAUAGGAAGGUGGCCCAGGGUCACAAGGCCUCCUUUUGCCUGAUGGACACGGAUUGCACGGCAGGAGUGCGGGCCAAGUACACCUGCGGCAAUACCACCCAAGGCAUUUCUGUCGGCUGUGCUGAUACCUACACCGAUGUCCUGGACUGCCAGUGGGUGGAUGUUACCAGGGUGCCCGUCAACAGACGCUACAUCCUGCGAGUGGCCCUCAACCCCGAGUACAAGCUGGGCGAGAUAUCCUUCGAGAACAACGGAGCCGAGUGCCUCCUUGAUUACACAGGCGUGCGCCAAACAACCAAAAUCUUCAACUGCCGGCGCAAGCCCCUGUGGUUUAAAAUAUGA